AUGGCCAGCUGGACCCCGAUCAACAGUCCCAAGCCUGUCAUCAACAUGUCCUCGACUCCAAAGUCGGUCAAGAAGACCCAGUCCGUCGGUGGAGGCUCCCCGGCCGUCGGUGGAGGCGAGAAGCUCACCGAGCGGGAAAUGCUGAUCCUCAGCAAGGCCUGGGGAUGCAUGAAGACUCAGCCAGAGAUCGACAUGCCCAAGCUGGCCCAGGAGCUCGGCAUGACCAACGUCGGCUCCGCUACCAACGCCUGGGGCCGGAUAAAGAGGAAGCUCUUCAGUGGCGCCACUGACUCUCCCGGAGGAGGAGGAGGAGGUGGUGGUGGUGGUGGUGGUGGUGGUGGCCGCAAGCGCAAGGCAGCCGCCGCGGCCGACGACGACGAAGACGAUGACGACAACGAGGGAGACCAGAGCCCGACCAAGAAGGCCAAGUCUGCCACCACCCCGCGCAGGAAGCCCGGCCGAAAGCCCAAGACCUCGGCCGCCAGCAGAAAGGUCUCCGCCGCCGCCGACGACGAGAACGACGAUGAUAGCGACGGCGAUGGCGCCAAGAAGGAGGCCAAGACGGAGGAUGGAUACAUCAAGCCCGAGAAGAAGGACGAUGAUGAGGAUGACGACGACGGUGGUGCUGGUGAUGACGGCGAGGGCGACAUGGCGGGAACUGCUUGA